CUGGACCUGAGUGACAAUGACCUGCAGGACUCAGGAGUGGAGCUGCUCUCCUCUGGACUGCAGAGCUCCCACUGCACACUGCAGACCCUGAGGUUGUCAUUCUGUGGUGUGACCGAGAGAGGUUGUGAGCAUCUGGCUUCUGCCUUGAUUUCAAACCCCUCCCACCUGAGAGAGCUGGACCUGAGCUACAAUUAUCCAGGAGACGCAGGAGUCCAACUACUCUCACAGAGGAAGGAUGACCCAACCUGCACAUUGACCACCAUCAAUGUGGAGAACAGUGCAGAGUGCUGGAUGAAGUCAGCCCUGAGGAAAUAUGCUCGAGAGGUCAUGUUUGAUAAGGACACCAUGCACAGGCAACUCUACCUGACCGAUGGGGAGCGCAAAGUCUGCUGCAGAUUCACAGAGCACGACUACCCGUUGCACCCACAUCGCUUUGCAGGCAUCGAACAGGUCCUGGCCAAUGAAGGCUUCCGGCAGCGCUGCUACUGGGAGGCGGAGUGGGCGGGAUUUCGCGUCUACCUCGGCAUGACACACAGAGGCGUGGAGCGGAAUGGAGAUCAUGGCCGCUUGGGCCACAACAACAAAUCCUGGGCGCUGCGCUGCUACUACGCCAACGACGACUACGAGAACUCCUACACCGCCUUCCACGACGACCAAGGAACAGCCAUCACAUCACCAGGGUGCGCCCUCUGCAGGGUUGGGGUCUUCCUAGACUGGGACGCUGGCACACUGUCCUUCUACGCAGUCUCGGGAGACACCUUGGUCCACCUGCACACCUUCCGGCACAACUUCCAAGAAGACGAGGAAGACCUGGUGCCAGGAGUGCUCUUCGUGUCCGAUGUUCACACCGAAGACAGUGUGUUACUUUGCAAAGUGGAGUAAACUGUAGUCAGAAUGAGGCCAGUGCUGCCAGAUGGAAAAUCCUUUUUCUGGGCUUUUUGGGUGAAAAUUAUCAUACAAGACCCAAAUUGUUGUUUCAAGGCAUCUAAAUGAACUGAAUGACAACUCUGAAAUUAUCGUACAUCACGUGUGCUACUUUGCAAAGUGUAGUAUAGUCUACCGGUAGUUUAUUUGGUUUAUUUCAUCAGGGACCAUGUGCAAAGUACAUUAGUAAUUACAUAGUAAAAAUAUUACCUGCACCAGAUUAUAUCUUAAAAGCUCAUUUCCAUCUGCAGUCCCUGAGUUGAGUAAACUGUAGCCUACAUUCAGAGUAGAGACUGGCUGCUCAUUGAAUUUUAGUCAGAAUUGCAGGAUUUUAAUUGUGAUUAUAUGACAGAUUUUACACAUUUUUUUCUUUCAUUGAAAUUGUGGGCUCAGGGGCGCUGUGGCUUCUAAUCCGCAUCUAAUCCGGACGGGGUCAUUUCCUGGCCCUGCCCCAUCUCUCUCUCCCAAUCGUUUCCUGUCUACUCUCAUGCUAUCCUGUAAUAACAAAGGCCAAAAAGCCCCCAAAAAAUACUUCAAAAAAUGUAGCCUACAUUUAAAAUGAGGCUGUCAUCAUGUUUUAGCGUAUGUAUUGCACGCUAGUGCAUUCGGUGUGUUGGCGCAACGCCAUUUAAAGUUAAGGCGUGCUCCUCAGACGCAAUGGUAAAGCGUUUCCAUGCACUUCUGAAAUGUGACGAGGUUUGCGCAGGUUUCCCACCAUGUCGCGCUUUUCUUUUGCCACCGCAUAUUUCUGUUGCUAAACGCAAAUAUGCUUUGCUGUGCCUUAAACCACAGUAAAGCAAUUUGUCUACUGCUUUACUUUUGUCAAGAACAGCGUAAUUUUGCAAAUUUCUAGCUAAAUUGUGCCCAAACCUAAACCAUCCCUAAACCUAACCUGUCACAGGGCGUUGUGGAGCACGCCUUAACUUGCAGAGGCGUAUUGGGCACACGCGAUAGUCGGUUCAAAUCAGUGUGUCAUCUAUACGCAAUGCAUGAUGACAUGUUGUCAGAAUAGUGCCUGGCUGCUCAUCGAAUUUUAGUCAGAAUUGUAGAAUUUUAAUUGUGAUUAAAUGAAAGGAAAAUUGUUUGUAUGUAUUUUUUCUUUCAUUGAAAUUGUGGGCUCGGGGGUGCUGUGGCGCAGCACGCUAAGCCCCCCACAUUUGGGCUUACAAGCCCACGGGUCACUGGUUCGAGUCCGGACGAGGUCAUUUCCUGGCCCUGCCCCAUCUCUCUCUCCCAAUCGUUUCCUGUCUACUCUCAUACUAGAACUAUACUGUAAUAAUAAAGGCCAAGGCCAAAGCCCUCAGGGUAAUUUCUUUGUGUGCCGUAUACCAGCCACUAAUUGGUCUAAUUGCCUUGUGUUUUGCCUCUUGAAUGAGUAAAUGUGUGCAGGUGUGCCCGU